AUGUCUCCCGGCAUCAACAUCAACCUCAACCCUCACAUCACGCCCAAUUCCUUCCUAUCACACGUCAGUCCUGGAAGCGCGGGCGGGGGAACCAGCUCGCUCUCCCCAUCCACUACACUGAUAUAUUUCAUCUCAGGCAACCCAGGCCUAAUAGCAUACUACCAUCUCUUCUUCUCUCUGCUCUCGUCAGAGUUAUCCCAGGCCAAUGCCACUUCCAACGGCAAUGGCUCAUAUAUCAUCCGCGGAAGAAGCCUGGGAGGCUUCGAGGUGCCAGCCAGCAACUCAGCCGCCAACACCGCUCUCUACAGCUUGAAUGAUCAAAUAUCCUUUAUGGAGCAGGAUUUAGAAUCCUUCGUUCACGCAUGGCAGGACGCCGCUAUGCGAGAACACAAAUUGGACGAACGACCUCGAGCAAAUGUUAUUGUCAUGGGCCAUUCGGUGGGAGCUUACAUGGCUAUGGAAAUCAUGCGGCGCAGAAGGGAGAAGGCCGGUCUCCAGAGGAAGCUCCAGACCACUCGUGACGCCAAUGGGAAUGGAGAUACCAACGGCCUUGGUCUUGAUAUCAUUGGCGGUAUCAUGCUGUUUCCUACGGUCGUGGAUAUAGCGAAGUCUCCUAACGGAAGGAUACUCACGAAAUUACUGUAUAUCCCGUGUCUACCUCUCCUAGUGAGCUUGUUUGCACGGUUGCUUGUCCUGGUACUCCCUGAGAUGCUACUCUACGCCGUCGUAAGCCGGGUCAUGAGGAAUCCUCGCAAGCAGGCCGUCGAGACGACCGUAUCAAUGCUGAGAAACGCUCAUAUCGUCAGACAGGCAUUAUAUAUGGCUGCGGAUGAAAUGAGGGAAAUAUCUGCUGAUAAGUGGAAUGAUGAGAUAUGGGGGUUUAGUAGCCCUACACAUGCCUCCGGAGACAGACUUGCGAAGAUGAUUUUCUACUUCGGCCGGAAUGACCACUGGGUAGCGGAGGUGACUAGGGAAGACAUCAUUCGGUCCAAAACAAGAGAGCAACGAGAUGGUUCAGCUCCAACUCUGAUGGUGUGUGAGGAUGGGGUUGUUCAUGGGUUCUGUAUAGGACAUAAUGAGAUUAUGGCGAAGAAGGUUGGUCGGUUUAUUAGAGAUAUAGUUCAGGAGUCUGGGAUAGACAGAUAG